AUGGUCAAAACUGUUCCCUUUGGCGCUGUCCGCGUCCCGGUACCGGGAUUCGGUGCAAUGGGUAUCACUUCGGCUAUGGGCACUAGGCUCUCAGACGACCAGGCGGAGCCGGUGCUUUUGAAAGCAAUCGAGCUGGGCUGUACCUUUUGGGACACUGCUGUUGCAUACGACGCAGGUCUCAAUGAGAAGAUUCUCGGGGACUUUAUCCGCAAGCACAAUGUUCGCGAUAAGGUCUUUGUUGCUUCCAAGUGUGGCUUUGACGUCUUCAAGGACCGCAGUGUCAUCAACUCAAGAUCCCACAUUCGGUCUUACAUCGACAGUACCAUCGAGAGACUAGGCUUUGCCCCAGACCUGUACUACUUGCACAGAAUCGACCCGAAGACACCUCUAUCGGAGUCCAUUGCUGCUCUGGAUGAGAUCCGGAAGGAAGGAAAGACUAAGUACAUUGGACUUUCAGAGUGUUCUGCCAAGACACUGCGCGAGGCCAACUCGAUCGCUAAGGUUGAUGCGGUCCAAGCGGAGUAUUCUGCCUUCGAAACCCUCCACGAGGAGAGCGGUCUCAUCCAAACGGCCAAGGAGUUGGAUGUUGCCUUUAUGGCAUUCAGUCCCUUGGGCCAUGGCUGGUUGGUCGACAACUUCGACUACCAAAGUCCCGAAGAUUUCGCGCCUGAUGACUUCCGUCGAACUGUCCCCAAGUUCCAAGGAGAGAGCUUCUACAAGAACAAGGCUAUUGUGUACGAGAUGAAGAAAAUUGCGGCUGAAAAGGGCUGUUCUCUCGCUCAACUUGCCCUGGCAUGGGUAGCUGCCCAAGGUCUCAUCACUAUUCCGGGCACCACCAAGCCGAAGAGGCUGGAGGAGAACUGGGCCUCCCGGGAUGUAGAGUUGACUGAGGGUGAAAUUCUUGCCAUCAGAAAAGUAGUGGAAGCCAACAAGCCAGAGGGAAAGAGAUUCUCAGCGAUGCAUGAGGCCGCAGUCGGUCACUAGCAUGCGCUCAGGGCCGCUGGGUUCGUGACUUGGCUAUUUGGCAACCAGACGUCAGACUAAAGAGCGAAGAAAUGAAUAAAAGAACCAGAUGUCUUGCUUAAUUACUCGUUUUCACCUUGUGGAAUAGCUCCCACACACCCGCUCUACCUUCGGAAGAACAAUCCGGAGCCAUUCCGGCAUCUUCAGGUAAGAGCUCCGGCGGCGAUCGGUGGUCGGCGGGGAUAAUCGAUCCACAUUAAGCGGGUAAAUCGGACCAGCUUCCUUACGCCAUGCCCCGCAAGAACCGCGCUAACCACUGAAGCCGAAUAGUACCCGUACACAGCAUUCUGCCAUGUGAAGAUUGCAUAGGUUACAAUCCGGUAAGCAAUUUUGCAGACGUUGCUUGGAGCUGAAUGUGAAUGCUUCUUCUGCCUUUGCUCCUUCAACUUCCUUGGCACAGCGAUGCAUACUCGGCGGUUGUCUCGGUAGGCUACAAGGCGUGCCGAGGCCACGCUGGCCGU